AUGGGCCGCGAGUUCGGGAAUCUGAUGCAAACGCGUCCCGUAAUCUCCUACAGUUUAUCACCCUUUGAGCAGCGCGCCUUCCCGAACUACUUCAGCAAAGGCAUCCCCAACGUGCUGUGCCGCACUCGCGAGUGCAUCCUGCGCAUGGCGCCGCCGUUUGUGGUGUUUUAUCUGAUCUACGCCUGGGGGAACCAGGAGUUUGAGCGGUCCAGGGUGAAGAACCCAGCCAUGUACGAAAAUGACAAGUGA